AUGGCUUCAAUUCACAACCUUACAUGCGAUAUCACAGUCGUUUCUCGGGGUCAAAACCGCCUCUUUAGCAGCACCCUCCCAGAAACCGCGACCUCAGAGCAAACCAUGAUGCUAUUUGAGGAAACACUAUAUCAGAGUUAUAUAUUCGCUCAUCUCCUAUACGAUGUUACUCUAUCUGUUGGAGAGGUCGAGGUUCUUGGUAUGGGAGCGAAUGCUUCUUAUCCUCUUGACAACCUGCCGGUCCGAAUCGUCGAUUCCGAAGAGUGUCCGCACUUGACAGCAGCCUUUCGAGGACAAAUAACAUUCCCUGAUGCUAUCGACCUUUGGGGCAUGCAUCAGAUGUACAUUCACGAUAUGGCUCCACAAUCGAGGACUCGCUACACUUUCAUCAUGGCUCUGGUUAUAAACCAACGCAAGAUGCUCUGUUGGAUUCUUUUCGGUAUAGCGGCUUCCCUAGUUUGUGGUACCCUCGUUGGGUAUAUCACAAAAAAGGCAGAAGUUGGACUGGGAGUGGUGGUGAUUCUGUUUGAAAUGAUGAAUCUUGCCAGGGGAUAUAUUUAG